UCUUCUGGAUUCUGGUCUCAUCUCGCGCACCCAUCUGGUCUCAUCCCGCCACAUCUGGUCUUCCGACUCCUCCCAACUCUCCUCUCAACUCUCCUCUACACUUUGCGCACCAUCGACCAUAGCUUGCAACUCUCCUUUCGACUCUCCUCUUAGUCUCCAUCGGCCAUAGCUUGCAACUUUGACAGAGGUUACCCCUUGACACCUCCUGUAACUGGAGGGACAGCGAUUGAGCACUGAUCUGCAGUUCUGAACACCAGAUCGUCUCCAAUUUUAGAUUCAUUCUAAGAAGAGAAAUCGACUUGACCACCAAAAAAUGCAUGAUUUGGUUUUUGUAAAGUAUAACCAAGCUCUUAAAGCUCGUUAUAAUAUGCGAGACGAGAUUGAUCCUAUUGUUCUAAAUGAGAUUGAUUUCGAUAAUGAGUGGUUGGUUGGAGAAAGUGGUGAAGUUGAAGAUGCUCAUAAUGAUUUGGUUUUUGAAAAUGAUAAUCUGACUUGGGGAGAUGUGGAGAGAGCAUCAGGGGCAAGAGAAAUUAGAACUUAUACUAGGGGACAAGCAAAAAGAAAUACCACUGCAGCCUUCACCUCUCAAAUUCCAGCAUUAACUUUUAGAACUCCAACCAUAACCUCUAGUGUUGAUGCAAUUUAUGCUACUAGAAUUAGUGAAGAAGCUCAUACUUUAUUAGAUCUUGAAAAGUCAGAGGAGGAAGAAAAGGAGUUUGAGCAUGGUAGAACAAGUCAGAAAAACAAGGAUGAUAAUGAUUUGGUGGCUGAGCAAGAAGAAUUAGAAGCAAAAGAGAGUGAUGAAGAGUAUUAAACUCUUGAAUGAUUUUUUGUUUUAAAGUUUUAUUAUUUGACUUUUUUUUGAAUUGAUCUUGUUUGAUUUUUGUACUCUUUAAGUAUAUAUUUUAUUGUCUUGUUUGACUAUUAUAAUCUAUGAUUUUUAUUUGUUAAAACUUGAUAAUAUUGUUUUUUAUGAUUUUUGGUAAUUUUUAUAAACUCUUAGGUUAAUU